CUUCAAAGGCGCGCGCAUGGCUCAGGAUCAUAUCGCCCCAGGCAUAGCGCAGAGUGGUACCUGAUGGAGUCGAAUGACAGGGAACAGCUCUCGCUGCCGGCCCCGAGCCCCCUUCAACAUGGGAUGACAGUAGGAAGUGGGCUGUGAGCUUGGACAUGGGUCUGUGAUCCGUGGCCGCUGACAGCCAACGGCUUUGACAGAUAUAUUAUAUCCUGAAAUUCCCCUCUCUCUUUUUGUCUCCAUCCUCUGCAGGUGUCUUCUUCCUACAUCUAAUUGCAAACCAGUCCUUUCAGAGUUCCAAAGUCAUUCGCUUCUUUGGUCUCUUGUUUUUUUUUAUUGCGACUAACCACACACUCACUCUACGCUCACUACUACCCGCUUAGUAUAAUAUAUUCUUGUCGAAAACAUAACCUUCGCUCUACAUUUUUAUACAACAGAAUCUCUUCAUCAUGAAGACUCAAAGUCUCGCCGCCAUUGCCUUGGCAUCUGGACUCCAAGUGGUCGCUGCAACUGUAUGUUCUAGGUCACUUCCUCUCAGUAUCUUCACUUACUAAUACUAUCAAGGGUUUUGGAGCACCUGGAUCAUUCAGCUGCCCAUCCAACACCAACAAUGAGUGCAACCCUCAACAAAAGCCUGGUUACAGCUGGGGUGAUUUGCCAACUGGUAAAUUUGGAAGCUAUGGUGGAAUGGACUUCAACGGCUUCAAGUGCCAAAACAGCUUCGGAAAGCGUGAUCCUUUAGCCAAGCGUACAUUCGAGAACUCCAAAUGUAUUACUGGUAAGGCUACUCAUGACAAGGCCACUGCACCAAAGAUCAACUGCGGUGCCAGUUCUACUGUCCCAGGAAAGCAAUUCUCGGUUACCGAGUUGCAUGUUUCCGUCGAGUUCGAUUGCGAUCUCGAGUUCCACUACGAGAUGCCCGACAAAUCUACUUGCAAGCACACAGCCGGCUGCAGCUCCGCAGGAUCUAUUGUCAAGAACACCCAGUGCGGUGGUGCUACUGGUGUGGUCGUUGUCUACCCACCCCAAAAGCCAGGAAAAAACACUGGAAAGACUGGAUGUGACGUCGGUAUCCACUCCAUCGGAUUCGACUGUGGUCCAGCCAAAAGCACCUCUGUUCGUGUCUCAAGCAGCACCAUCAAGCCAUCUAGCUCUGCAUCCAAGCCAAUCACCGUUCCAACCACUCUUUCCAGCGCUACGAAGCCACUACUUACUCCUUCCUCAAGCAAGGUUGAGUCCACCAGCAAGGUCGAAUCAUCCAAACCCGCUGUCUCCACCAAACCAGCUGAGAGCACCAAGCCAACACACAACACCAAGGUUGAGGAGACCACCAAGCCAGGAGAGACCUCCAAGCCAGUACACAGCACCAAGGUGGAAGAGUCUACUCAGCCAGGAGAGACUACUAAGCCAGCACCCAGCACCAAGGUGGAAGAGUCUACUAAGCCAGGAGAGACUACUAAGCCAGCACCCAGCACCAAGGUUGAAGAGUCCACCAAGCCAGCCGCUUCCGGCACAACUGUUAGCGAGAACUCUGGUGCUUCUUCUUCCAUCAAGCCAUCCAUUCCAGUAGUUACGCCGUCUUCCAACGUUACUACUCCAUCGCUUGCAGUCAGCUCUCCACCAGCAAUUAGCUCUCCACCAGUCCUCACUACCUCCACCGUCUAUGCUACCUCCGUUUCCACCAUCAUCAGCUGUGGCCCAGAAGUUCCCAACUGCCCCGCCCACUCCACUGCUCUCAUCACGGUCACGAUCCCAAUUUCUACCACUAUCUGCCCGGUUUCUGAGGUUGUCCAAACUCCUGGUCCUUCAAUCUCUGUCGCUCCCCCUGGACCAAAGCCAACAUCCGUUGGUGAGAAUUCCGGUGCUCCAUCUUCCGUACCCAAGCCAGCACCAUCUGCUCCAGCUGAACCAAUUGUUACAGUCCCAGAUGUCCUUCCUAAGUGUAUGAACACCUGGAACUUCAUUGUCGGAUGCGUUGACAACACUGAAGCUUCUUGCUACUGCCCAGAUAGGGACUUCGUUAACAACGUUUACGGAUGUCUUCAAGCCCACGGAGCAGAUGCUGCCAUUAUUGACAAUGCUGCCAAAUACUUCCAAGGUAUCUGUGCUCCUCACAUUCCUCAGAACCCAGCUAUUGUUAUUGGUGCUCCACCAGCCCCUCCUGCACCCGAAUCGCCAGCCCCAGUAUUGAGCAACCCUGGACCUAUCACCACCCAACCACCAUCUGUUCCCGUUACUACCAUCGACAUCGUGUCCACCAUCACCGUUCCAUGUAUCGAGACCACCGGUCCUUUAGCCGGAUACCCAAUCCCAUCUUUAACCACCACCACUCUUUUAUCUACCGUUUUGACCGUUCCUCAAGUUGUUUUUAUCACUCUCCCACCACCAACAGCAACCGGCGGAAACCCUGGAGCCACUGCCCCAGCCCCUGUCCCCGUCUUGGUUGUCGGUACUCCAGCACCGGCUCCAAUUCCUGCUACCACAACAAAUCCUAUCAUUGCCCCAAGCAGCAUCCCAACUGGAGUUUCCGGAAACAACGGAACUGUCAAGCCAUCGGCAGCUCCAUCUGCCUCACUCACUGCCAACAGCGGUUCAUCCAUGGGCGCUGCCAUCAGCUCCGUAUUCGGUGCUGCUCUCCUCGCUGUCUUCGCUUUGUAAAUUUCUACAUAGACGGGUCAGUGGGAAAAAAAUACAUCAUGCAUGCAUUGGGCGGGUUUUCCUCACAAAAUCCGAGGCGUUUUACACUUCGAUACCAUAUUAAAAAGAAUAUUCUUUUUGAAUAGUUUUCCUUUUUUUGUUAUUUACAUUAUACAGCGUUUGUUGGAAUCUUUUUGACCAUGAUCAAAAAGAAUCAGAACGACUCUGUGGCUCCUUGUAUGGGAUGCGUACGGCAGACUGCCACAUCAUCUAUUGGAUAUAGGGAAGGGGAACAGGGAUGUUGCACAUGAUAUAUCUGGGUCAUGAUCUGGGAAAGGUUAUGUUACUCUUAAUGUGGAUGGAGGGAUAUGCUCAUGUACUUUUCUUGUCAUUUUUUUUUGGGUCGGUUUGCGCUAAUUGGAAGCGUGCACUAUAAUUAUUUUAGAUGCCCAGUGCAGAACGCGCGUGCGCUAUUUCCUUAUUGUUAAAGUGAAAGUUCAAAAAAAUUACUUCGCUUCUUCGGAUGUUUUGUGACUACAUGUCUCUAUCGUGAAGACCACUCUUGUUUGGUGACUGUCGUGCCUUCCAUGGCCUUGUCACUCCUCGCAGCUCUUGUGUUUCG